GGUCGCCACUCGCCGUCCAAUAGGCAAUAGCACCAUUCUUAUAACUUGUUCCCCGCCAUUCGACAGUCGAGACUCGAGCGCCGUCGCCGUACUCAAUAAACAACGUUCACACACGCCGGACGAAAAUGUGUCAUGCGUCUUUAGUGUGCUAAAGUUUCAAGUGUCUGUGCUCGUGCCCUACUCGUAGUAUUUUAAUUAUUAUACACAAAAUAUAUAACUAAUAAUAGUAGGAUGAUGGCUCCCGAGACAGUUGUGACCGUCGACCACAACAAGCCUAACUCUCCUCAGGCGACGCCUCAGCAGAACGGCGGCUCAUUGGACUGGAUUAAAGUCAAUGUGGAAUAUUUCAAAACUACACCCGGAUUACUCAAAGUGAUACAAUUGAUUGUUGGCAUAGUAUGCAUGUCUUUGGGGACACCGUGGGCCUCAGCAUGGUACGUGUUCGUCGCAGUCACAGCCUUCAUCACGACAUUGAUGUGGUCGUUCGUGUACCUGCUCAGCAUCAGAGAAGCCCUGAAGAUACCCAUCAAUUGGGUUUUAUCUGAGUUGAUCAGCACAACAGUGGAGACUCUGUUCUACUUCAUCGCCUUCAUUGUGAUAUUGACGUCUGUGUACGGCACCUACGGACGGAACGUUGCCGCUGGUGUAUUUGGUAUCAUCAAUAUGCUGGCGUACGGCUACAGCUCAUAUAUUCUCUACCAGGAGCACAGAACGGGCGCUGCUACCAUUACACAGUAGAGUAUUUACAGUAAACACAUUUUACUAAUGUCGUAAACUAGCUGCCCGCUGUCGCAUAAAUCAUCGGUCAACUAUGAGCUUCUUGUUAUCGAUAAACACUGACUUCUACUAUAUACCACUGGACUGGGAGCUGUCAAAGUGCUUUUGUGCCUGAUAUUCGCCAUUUUGGCGCUGUUGGCCAUGUAGCGAGAGUUUGCGGUACUAAAACUAGUGAUGACAACCUCAGCAAACAUCGAUAGAUGGUGGGAAACUAUUUAAAACAAAAAUGUGUACUUUAUUACGUUGAUUCUUGAAGUAUAAAUAUCACGUAAAACGAACGAAAUUAAUUCAAAAUGCAAAAAUACCUCAGAGUAUUAUACGUUCCUUCGCAGCCAUUUGUAUUAUACGUCAAAAUUAGUUCUCUGGACGCUCGCGAGUGGCGCUUCAAACAUAUGGAACAGCUUAUCCAGUGGUAUUUAUACAGGUCAGUGUCGAUAAAUGACACAAAAAGCGCACCAAUGAUUUACGCGACGAUGGGCAUUGAAUGUACCUGACAUUAGAAUGGUAAUGCCAUACAACCUCCGAACAAUUUAAAAAAAAGUAAUAAAAUCUAAAAAUAUUUUAUUUACUCUGGUAUUAUAAUUUUAUUACGUUAUAAGUAAUAAUUUAAAUAAUUCGGUAUUCGACAUUCAAUAAGUUGAAAAAAAAAAAGAUGAAAUAGACAUAUUAUUAUUUACAGAUAUUUUUGGUACAUGCAGUUAUUUAUUACUAUAUUUGUGUUCAUGAGAGUGACUGUAUUUUUACUACUUACUUAAUUUUUAUAUAGAUUAUUAUUGGUAUAAUGUUGUUGUCAGUUUCAAAGUUUAAGAUAAUUAAUUAAUAAUACUUUAUUUUAUUGACAACUUAUACCGUCCACAAAUAAGUUAAUAUUGGCCUUUCUUAGAAAAAGUAUUUGUAUAUUACACGUAUAUGUAAACUUUUUUACGGAUUAUAACACAAUGCACUUUUAAAUGCAAACUUUUUUAUAUAGAACGCAAUUUUUGCUACGACUAGUCGAUGUCCGAUGUAACUUUGGUAAUAAAUUUUAAAUGUAAUAUUAGUACGAGUACUAGAGAGUUAUUACAUGAAAUCUCAAAAAUGAUUGAUAUAUAUGACAAAUAAUAUACAUUUGUACGAAUGUGAAACUCUCCCUGCCCUCGGGAACCUGACAGGACACUGGAAGACGCGUCCUUUCUUCAUCUUUCGGACUACUACGAGACUCUAAUUAAAAUAAAACUAUCCAAUAAUUCGCAUAACUUUUUUCAAAUUGAAAUCUAAUUUUAAGGGUAUUUUUUAAGAUAUGGCAAAAUAUUCUACAUCAUCCUCAAUUUUUUUUCGAAUUUCUUACCAUAAGUCUAAUACACUUUUCCACACAAGCAAAAGUAAAAAAAAUAACCAAAUUGCUUAGGUACCAUGUCCUCUAUUAAAAUGAAACACUUUUCAAACUGACUUUACUAUAUUGACAACAUUUAUUUAGUCCAACAUCAUUUGGCUGUCCAGUUUAACUUAUUUACUGUCCAGUUUAACGGUGACUGAGGGAAUAUUUUUAUUUUAGCUAUUAAUAAUGUAUUAGUUAACUUGUUAUUGGCCAAAUAACAAAACGUUAUAUCAAUUAUCGUAGGGGUACAAUACGGAAAUCAAAUGUCAAACACUGUGUUUUUAGGGUAUGUUCCGAUAUGCACUGCGAGCACUGCACAGUGCUAUCACUGUAGAAAAAUUCGAUCCGUUAUGGACUGCCAGUAUUCUGCCGCGAAAUUUUUGACGUCAUAAAUCGCCGCCAUAUUCUACUGUGAGCACUGGCGUUUUCGAGGUAAGGUACUCGCAGUACUGUGAUCACAUGAUCAGUCAAAACCACUCGAGUGCCUAACGUUUUAUAAACAAUACAUACAGUUUAAUCCCAAAUAAUUUGAAUUUGACAGUACUCCAACAACAGUUUUUCUAAAUGAACUAGAUGCGGCUGACAGUAUACGGGAUUGCGUUCCGUUUUAAAUAGUUACCAGUAUAACUGGCUAUAAAGGAACGCCUUCACACUAUACUAAAUUGACGUCACACUGUACAGUGGUCGCAGUGCAUAUCGGAACAUACCCUAAGUUACCGAUGUGUGACUGACCGACCAACAUGUAGACCAGACCACAGAUAAUCUUAUGUUAAUUGUUGCCACAGACUCUGAGGGCAGUUACACUUUGACAUUAAUCAAACUUAUUGUAUCUGUUAUAUUCAACAGUUAAUGGUUAUCGUUAAUAUGUUACAUAUUUUUAUUUAACUAGUUCUUGUUAAUUUUAAAUAUUAUGUUAUUGAAUUAAGUAUGUAUCGAAUGUUAAAUUAUGAGGAAGAGAUAAUCCAUUGUUAGCUUAACUUACUAAUCUGUAUAAAUAAACUAAACUUAUGUUAACAGAA